AUGACUCGGGUAUACGGGUAUGUGUAUGAGCUCUCCAACAUUGGAGUAUCGCACUUCACUCUUGGUGGAAAAGCAGAAUGCCCCAUGUUCCAACUAUCAGUCAAUGGCAGCCGCUUCUGCAUUAUUUCUCUCCGCACCAUGCCUGAUUAUGAUAUCAUAUAUGCGGAGAAGUUCGAGUCCUUUUAUCUUAGCUUUCUCCGUAUUGUGAGGGGAAAUUUGAACGAAUAA